AUGGCCGAUGAAGAUGAUGAUGAUGAAACAACUGAUUUUGAGGUUGCUGACACCGCAGGAAAAGCCCUCGCACUUGUUACACAGAUUCGGAAAUCUCCCCAAGCACGCACUUUUUUUCAACAGUGUUGUGUCGAGGUCAAUGAGCUGAAGCUUGAGCUUUUGAAAUGGAUUCGCACGCGAUGGGCCUCACUCUUUGGUAUGUUGGAGCACACCUUUAAGCUACGCAAAGGGGUGAAUAGAUUCAUACAACUGGCGGAUGACAGUGACGAAGUCCCAAACUUGCAGGGCAAGUCAUAUGGAGCAUUCAAGCUUUCAGCCGAAGAAUGGAAGAAGUUGGAAUUGAUGCACGAUGUGCUUCAGGAACCUGCCAAUGCACAACAAUCGUUUUCGGCAACUCGUGAACCUACUGUAUGGCGCGCAAUUCCAGUCCUCGAGUAUCUCCAACAAACUUGGCAAAACAUGGCUGGUUCUUCGAAGUUUGACGACUUUUCAUCUGCAAUCAACUCUGGCCUCGACAAUAUUCGCAAAUGGUACCACAAGAUUGACGAAACUGAUGUUUAUUUUGUUUGCCUCGUGCUUGAUCCUAACUAUAAGGUGGCAUAUGCGAAGGGUAAAUGGGAGCCUCACGACUUUGACGAGGGCAUGAGAAGCUUGCGGAAGGUUUUUGACAAAUAUUAUCAUCACAACUCCUCGCCCGCUGCUGCAGAGCCAUCUAUUGCAGCUCCUGCCUCGCUUGCUCGCCAUGGGUCAUACGGCCAUAGCUGGAUGUGCGAUGCUGUCAAAACUCGUGUCGCAAAUGACACCGCAAAUCGAAGACCUCGCCAGGAGCUUGACGACUACCUUGCUGCCCCAUUAGAGGAUGUUGAGAAUAUAGUGGCGUGCACCAUUCCAUUCAAUAUCCCACCAUCUCACGCAUUGCAAAGGAUUACCCUCGCUAUUCGAGGCUCUGCCGUUGCAUCUGAACGAGCCUUUUCGAGUGGCGGCAUCACUGGGACUGCACGCCGUAAUUGUUUGUUGCCAACAACAUUCGAGGCCCUUCAGCUAUUGAAGAGUGGGCACCGUCAAGGCCACAUUUCUGCAACGGUUCAAGCUGAGUUUGCUGCUGCUCAUGAACACUAUGCCAUGGACGAAAUUUAGCUACUCAUUUACGGUUCAUGUAUUUCUUGCAAUUUUUGUCAAAUUAUAUGUAGC